CAAAUUACAACAGCUGUGUAAUAAACCUAGAAAAAAGUUUGACUAUUUAUUGUGGACAUUGUACUCCAGUACAAGUAUUAGCAGUGCACCAUGAAGUUUACACCAACUGUUUUUCUAGUUGUUGCAGUUUGUCAUGUGAUCUUGGUUGAUGGUGGCUGUACUUUCAAGUGUUUAAUGGUAGAGAAUAUUUUAGAAAAAUUGUUCAAAUCUACAGGAUCUGAUAAUUGUAGCCAUCAAAAACCAAAAGAGAUUCCUGCCUUUAGUGCAUCAAUGACGAAUGCAAAAGUUCUAGGGGCUACCGAAAUUGUAAAAUUUGAUAAAAUUUGGACAAACAAUGGAAACGAUUAUGACCCCAUUACUGGAAUAUUUCAGGCGCCUUUCAAAGGCGUGUAUCAGUUCUCCUUCACAGUAAUGUCCAUGAGAGGGAAGGAUUUACUUGUUUACCUGUGGCAGAAUGAAACCCGUUUGGUAUCUGUAUUUCCUGGUACUGGUUAUAAUGAAGGGACGGCUAUUAUGGUGUUAAAUCUGAAAAAGGACGACAGAGUUUACGUCAAAUGUGGCGGAAGCGGAAUCGGAUACAUUCAUACAGGCAAAGGCGCUUGGUACAGCAUGUUUUCUGGAUAUCUCAUGCAUGCAACUAAAUAGGUUGUUUGUCUCAUGAUGAAAUUUUGUUGUUGUUUAUCAGCAAAAGGCGGCUUAAUGUUGCCAUUGUACUUAUAAUUAUGUUUCUAUAAGUUGUUUUGGUCUCCAUGAUGC